AUGAGCCGGAGGCACCAAAUGGAAUCUACUGAAGAGCCAGAGGCCCUUGCUCCUCCUCCACCUCCACCUGAGAUACCGCCAAAUGUAGUUCCUGUUCAAUUGACAACAGACACUGUUGCCGAGGAAACAAAAAAGAUAUCGAAACCAAAACGUUCCCCGAUUGCCAGGCGUGGAGUUGGGUCUAAAGGCCAAAAAAUACAACUGCUCUCAAAUCAUUUCAAAGUUUCUAUCUCUAACACUGGUGGCCACUUCUUUCACUACAGUGUUUCCUUGUUAUAUGAGGAUGGUCGCCCUUUUGAUGCAAAGGGCAUUGGGAGAAGAUUAAUUGAUAAAGUUCACGAGACUUAUGGCUCAGAUCUUGCUGGGAAGGACUUUGCGUAUGAUGGAGAGAAGAGCUUAUUCACAAUUGGUGCUCUGCCACAAAACAAAAUGGAAUUCACUGUUUUGCUUGAUAGUUUGUCAUCAAACAGGAAUUCUGGAAAUGGCAGCCCUGUUGGCAAUGGAAGUCCUAAGGAGACUGAUAGAAAGAGGAUGAGGCGGGCAUUCCAGUCCAAAACAUUUAGAGUGGAAAUGACUUUUGCUGCCAAAAUCCCUAUGCAGGCUAUUGCAGCUGCUUUGCGUGGUCAAGAAUCAGAAAACUCUCAGGAAGCCGUAAGAGUCUUAGACAUCAUUUUAAGACAGCAUGCAGCUAAACAGGGUUGCCUUCUUGUUCGCCAGUCAUUCUUUCACAACGAUCCAAAGAACUACGUUGACCUGGGAGGAGGUGUCCUUGGAUGCCGAGGAUUUCAUUCGAGCUUUAGAGCCUUGCAGGGUGGAUUAUCCCUAAAUAUGGAUGGUUCGACUACAACUAUAAUACAGGCUGGUCCCCUUAUUGACUUUCUCAUAGCCAGCCAGAAUGUGUCAAACCCUUUUCAGAUCGACUGGGCGAAGGCUAAGCGAACAUUGAAAAAUUUGAGGAUAAGGGUUUCACCUACCAAUCAAGAGUACAGAAUCACUGGUUUAAGUGAAAAUACUUGCAAGGAGCAAAUGUUUUCGCUGAAAUCAAGAGCAACUGAUGGAAACGAUGUUGCAAGUCUUGACAUUACGGUUUUUGAUUAUUUUGUAAAUCAUCGUAGCAUAGAUUUACGCUACUCUGGAGAUUUGCCAUGCAUCAAUGUUGGCAAGCCCAAAAGGCCCACUUACAUUCCUGUUGAGCUUUGUUCACUGCUUCCUUUGCAACGCUAUGUAAAGGCACUAACUGUCCUUCAGAGAUCCCAGUUAGUAGAGAAAUCAAGACAAAAGCCGCAAGAAAAGAUUAGGAUCUUAACUGAUGUAAUGAAAAGGAACAACUAUGCUGCAGAGCCAAUGUUGCGUUCUUGUGGCAUCUCCAUCAGCAGCCAAUUUACUCAAGUUCAAGGCCGUGUCCUAACUGCUCCAAAGUUAAAGGCAGGAAACGGCGAGGAUGUUAUUCCAAGAAAUGGGCGGUGGAAUUUUAAUCGUAAGAAAUUUUUCGAACCUUCUAAAAUUGAAAACUGGGCUGUGGUGAACUUCUCUGCUCGUUGUGAUGUGCGUGGUCUAGUCAGAGAUUUGAUAAAAUUUGGAGAAAUGAAGGGGAUUCUCAUAAGUGACCCAGUGGAUGUUGUUGACGAGAAUGCUCAGUUUCGACGGGCAACACCUCUUGUUCGAGUGGAUAAGAUGUUUGAACAGAUACAGAAGGCAUUUCCAAAUGCUCCUCCUCACUUUCUUGUGUGUCUUCUACCUGAUAGGAAGAACGCUGACAUUUAUGGUCCUUGGAAAAGAAAGAAUCUUGCAGAAUUUGGAAUUUUUAAUCAAUGCCUGGCACCCACUAGAGUUAAUGAGCAGUAUAUUUUGAAUGUUCUCCUCAAGAUAAAUGCCAAGCUUGGUGGUUUGAAUUCAUUGUUGGCCAUGGAGCAAUCACGAAACAUCCCUAUUGUUUCGAAGGUUCCUACAAUAAUAUUCGGAAUGGAUGUAUCACAUGGUUCGCCUGGUCAGUCUGACAUGCCCUCCAUUGCGGCGGUUGUCAGCUCUAGAAACUGGCCUUUAGUUUCUCGUUAUAGAGCUUCUGUGCGUAGUCAGUCACCCAAAGUUGAGAUGAUAGAUUCCCUUUUUAAACCAACACCAGAUAAGAAAGAUGAUUCUGGGAUUGUCAGGGAAUUGCUGUUGGACUACUAUAAGAGUUCUGGCCAAACAAAGCCAGCUCAGAUAAUCAUAUUCAGGGAUGGAGUUAGCGAGUCACAGUUCAAUCAAGUUCUCAACAUCGAGCUGGAUCAAAUCAUUGAGGCCUGCAAGUUCCUUGAUGAAAGUUGGUCACCUAAGUUCACUGUUAUUGUUGCACAGAAAAAUCACCACACUAAAUUUUUCCAAGAUGGAUCUCCAGACAAUGUUCCUCCUGGAACCGUUGUUGAUAAUGCUGUUUGUCACCCACAAAGCUAUGAUUUCUACAUGUGUGCACAUGCAGGGAUGAUAGGAACAACAAGGCCGACACAUUAUCAUGUUCUUUUAGAUGAAAUUGGCUUUUCAGCUGAUGAUCUACAGGAGUUGAUUCACUCUUUGUCUUAUGUGUACCAAAGAAGCACAACAGCAAUAUCUCUAGUUGCACCAGUACGUUAUGCUCACUUAGCAGCAACUCAGAUUUCACAAUUCUUGAAGUGUGAUGGCAUGUCCGAGACAUCUUCGAGCCAUGGAAGUCUGACUUCUGCUGGGCAAACCCCUGUGCCUGAGCUUCCUGAGCUACAACCGAAUGUCCGCAGCUCUAUGGCAAAACUGGAUGAUCUUUUGCAUCAUAGGCUCUAG